AAAGAAAAAAAAAAUUAUUUCGUCCUCCUCCAUUUUAGCUCUCAGUAUAAUCAAUAACCUAUCGAUUUUUUUCACUCUGCUCUCUUUUGUAAGCACUCGCAAAUCGAAGCUUGUUUCAAUCUAUGGUUGACGCCUGAAAGUUGAAGGAAAGCGCGUGGAAAAGAUAGGUGAGCAUGGAUUCGAACGGGAGAGAAAAUUUGGACUCGAAGGCUGAAUUUCGGAAGCCUUUGAAUGACUCGGCUAAUAGGAAGUACCGGCGUAGAUCUUCGGUGGCUGGGUCAUCGUCCUCAUCUGAUGGAAGUCCACCACGUGACCGCAACUCGAGUCUGGUCCAAUUGAGAAAGGAUAUAACAAAAUUUGAUGAUGAUGAUGAUGAAAGAAAUAGGGACAACACUAGGGAUCGACAGUCAUCUAGGAGGUAUCACAGGCAUGACGAUCACAUCAGGAGUGAUAGACGUGUGGAUGACUAUGAUCGAGGUUAUUCCAAGUCAUCCUACCAUUAUAGAUUGGGCUUGCGAGAUAAAAACAACUCAAAUUACUCGAGGUCCGAUAAGGAGCUCCCAUCUAGACAUUGCGUGAAAGAUGUGGACACGAACUCUCAUGGGAAAUCUGAUGGUUUGGGGCAUAGAAGUAGGGAUAAGAACUCAUAUGAUCGGGCUGGUUUUGAUAAUCGGCAUGCAAAUAUUGAGAAAAAGGAUAGCGAUCCAGACAGAGAUGAUAGGAGUGACCGAUAUGGAAGGAUGGAUUAUAGAAAGAGUUCAAUGGAUUACAAAGGUGAUCGUUUGCCUGCUUAUGAAGAGUCAAGGGACCAAAUAAAUGAUUAUUCGUCACGAAGGGAAAAUUCUGGACGUCGUUUAAAGGAAUCCUCUUCAAGAUACUCCAAGGAAGUCAGAUGCAAAUGUGGAUCUACCCGGGAAAAAACUCAACAUUUUCCGUUUGAUGGUUCUUUGAAAAUCCUAUCUCGAUCUCCAGGUCUUCAUAAGGUGCAAGAUAGUAGAGAUACGAAGGAGGAUUCAGGUGUUUGUCCAACAAGGGUGAAGAAGCUGUCACUAAGAAGGCGAGGAUUUAGCAUGGAGAGCACUGCUACUGGCCCAGAUGGUAUGUUUCCAUUUUCUACUGUAGUUCCUUCCGAGAAGGCUUAUGUGACAGAUUCUGAUAUUGAUGCUGUGAAAAUUGCUGCUAUGAAAGCUGUUGAAUUAGCUGAAGUUGAAGUACAGCGAGAAUUCUUUAACAUGAUUUCACAUGAGAUGGGCGUGAAGGGGGACCCUAAGGUGGAGUCCAAGCUGUACGACCCGGAUGUCGAGAAGGAACGGGAGCAGCUUCAGGUGGAGUUGGAGAGACAGUACACGGCCGGUUUGCGCCGGCGAGAUGGCCGGACAGUUGGCCUCGGCGAGGCGAAAAUCGCGGAUUUCGGUUGCGCCAAGCUGGCGGAUGAUGUGGCGGCGGUGAUCGGUGGCACGCCGCUCUACAUGUCGCCAGAAGUUGUUCGUGGGGAGGAUAACAAAAUGAAAUCAUGA